CGGAACUGCAACUGAAGUUUAGCCUCAGGUGGCUAAGCUAGCUAGUUUGUUUUUUCUUCAUCUACAGCUGGUAGAUUGAUGGCUAUUUUCUGCAUCUGCCGAGUUUGACACGUCGAUAACCGGCUGUCAGAUGGUGACCAGCCCCGGGACUUAACCUCAUAGGUUCGUAACACAAAACUGUGACGUUAAUUUCACGGUUAAAUUAGCAAAACCUCGCCCACUAGCUGUUAACCUUCAUACACGGAUCUGCAGCUAGCCGGCUGACUCCAGAGAGCUAACUGUACCUCUCACUGUUAACUCUUCUACUUUGAGUGAUGCAACUGAGGUGAUUCCUCCGUCACACCAACACCAUGGCAGGUUCCCAGUGGGAGCUUCCUCCGGAGCUCUGCUGUCGGCCAAUGGCCUUUGUGGCUUUGACUGGUCUGGACGUGGUGUACAAUGCCGUGCACCGGGCCAUAUGGGACGCCUUCUGCGCCAACCGGCGAGCUGACAGAGUCCCUAUCUCGUUCAAAGUCCUCCCAGGAGAUCACGAGUACCCCAAAUGUCGCACUAAGAGAACGUCGUAUGAAUGGUACAUUCCUAAAGGCAUCCUGAAAACAGGCUGGAUGAACAAACAUCUGAACCUGGUUCCAGCUCUGGUUGUCCUCUUCUACGAGCUGGACUGGGACGACCCACAGUGGAAAGAGAAACAGUCUGAAUGUGCUACUAAGGUGGAAAUAGUCAGGACCAGUCUUCAGGGCAGGAACACCAAGGUGGCCGUGGUUCUAAUCCAGAAGAAAACUCCACUUCCUCCAGGAGAGGACCUGGUGGCGUCUGAGAGAGCGGCCACUCUUUGUAACUCCUGUGAUCUCUCUGGAAAGAGUCUCUUUGUGCUGCCACACACCGACCACUUAGUGGGUUACAUUAUAAGGUUGGAGAAUGCUUUCUACGAACACGCUCAGACGUAUUACUACACCGAGAUCCGUCGAGUCAAAUCUCAUAAAGAGUUCCUCAACAAGACGACACAUCAGCUGCUGUUUGUCCGACACCAGUUUAAAAUCGCCUUCUUCAGUGAGCUCAAACAGGACACCCAAAACGCUCUCAAGUACUACAGAACUGCGUACAGUCUCGUCCAUGAGCUCAGAGCCCACGAGACCAACAUGUUGGAGAUCAAGACUAUGGCUGGAUUCAUCAACUAUAAGAUCUGUCGUCUGUGUUUCCAGCACAACACUCCUCUUGAUGCUAUAGCUCAGUUUAGGAAGCACAUCGACCUGUGUAAGAAGAAGAUCGGCAGCGCUGAACUGGCCUUCGAACACGCCGCAUGGAUGUCUAAACAGUUCCAGUCGUUUGGUGAGCUGUUUGAUGAAGCGAUAAAGUUGGGUCUGACAGCCAUCCAGACGCAGAAUCCUGGCUUCUACUACCAGCAGGCGGCCUGUUACAGUCAGGACAGAAAACAACAGGCUCAGCAGCUCUGUCAGGCUGGAGCGAGUCAGCCCGCCUCUGAACCUCUGGAAACCCAAAGUGGAGGACUCGACUUUUACGGUCAGAGAGCCUGGAGGCAAGGACACCAGAGCAUUGAUCCUCCAGAUGCAGAGAAGGAGAAAACGGGGAUUCUGGCCCUGCAGGUUAAAGAGAGAGACGUACCACACUCUGAGCUGAUUAUCGCACUUCUCAGUAACGCUGUCGCCCAGUUUAAGAAGUACAAGUGUCCUCGAAUGAAGAGCCACCUCAUGGUGCAAAUGGGCGAGGAAUACUACCACGCUAAAGACUACACCAAAGCCCUGAAGCUGCUGGACUACGUGAUGUGUGACUAUCGCACAGAGAGAUGGUGGGGCCUCCUGACAGCCAUACUGACCACAGCUCUGCGCUGUGCUUAUCUGAUGGCCAGCGUCAAAGAUUACAUCAUCUACUGCAUGGAGCUGCUGGGCAGAGCUUCCACCUUGAAGGAGGAACAGAAGUCGAGGAUCGAGAGAAAUCUCCUCAAAGUCCUGACGAACGAGGUCCCCGACGCCGAGCCCGACUGUGAUCCGUCCUCCGUCAGUGCAGCCGCGUCGCUGUGGAGCGACCGCAUGGCUUUGGCCGGAUCAAACGAGCUGACUUUAGAAGUGCAGGACUACAUCCCGUUCAUCCAGUGUAAGGCCAAGUUCCAGUCCCCCAGCUUCCAUGUAGACCAGCCCAUCCAGCUGCAGGUUUUCCUCCGAUCCGACUGUCCUAAUCCGCUUUCUUUCAACAAGCUGGCCGUCAGCCUCAGUAACCAGGAGUACAACCAGUGGUGUGUGGUGGAGUCUCCAGGUCAGGAGAGUAUGAGUCUGCUGCCAGGAAAAACCAAAUGUUUCAACUUCAGCUUCGUAGCAAAGACGGAAGACGUGGGAAAGAAGAUCGAGAUGACAGGCAUUGAGGUGAUGCUGGGCGGUGAUCGAGGCCGCUGUGUGUUUGUGAGCUGGAGGGGGGCAGGUGGAGACGCAGCUUCUACCCAUGAGGCCUUGCAGGCGAGCAGGUCAUCACGUCGAUGGGGGCGGAGCAUGGAGGCGCGUCAGGAGCCGGACUGGGACAGCCUGACCAUGCAGCACAGCACCAUGAUCAUCUCCAGAGUGCCAAAGAUCUCUGUUCAGCUGAGCCACCAGCCGCCUGCCCUCCACAACGAGAUGUACUGCAUCAACCUCACUGUCCAAUCACAGGAGGAGGGCGUGGCAAAGGAUGUCAAACUGACAGCUGGCCUCAAACCAGGUCAGGACGCCAAUCUAGGCCAAACCACGCAUGUGACGCUGGAUGGCUCGAAGGUUUGUGACGACUCUGCUCCCGCCCUGCUCCAUGACGUCCCUCUAGGAGAUCUGAAACCUGGAGAAAAGUUGGAGAAGUGUGUGUAUGUAAAGUGUGAGUCAUGUGGGCCGAGGGUCUUCCUGUUCCACGUGGCCUACAGCAUCGACACCACGGUGGAAGGACGACAGAUUGUCUGCAAAUGUCACAAGGAUGAGACGGUUACCAUCGAGACGGUGAUCCCAUUCGACGUGUCGGUCAAGUUCGUGUCCACUAAGUUUGAGCCGUUGGACCGGGUAGCGGUGGACGUCCCCUUCCUCUUGAUGACUGACAUCUCGUCAUCGUCCCCCUGGCCCCUGCUGCUGGCCUCCUCCUCUCUGCAGCUGCUCACUGUGACCAGCAACACACCUCAGCUUCAGUCACAGAUACAGGAAGUUGUUCUGCAGACAGGCGAGUGUGCCAGCGAGUGUUUCUGUCUCCGCUGUCCACCACAGACCAACAGCAACAGCACCAUCGCUACAGGACAGUACCUGUUAUCAUGGAGGAGAAAGUCGUCGAGUGCAGACAGUCCUCUGAUCCAAACUACAGUCACUCUACCUCACAUCAUCCUGGAGUCUGUCCCUCUUUACAUCCACGCCGAUUUGCCGUCAUUUGGACGAGUCAGAGAGUCUCUUUCAGUUCGAUAUCACAUCGAGAACAGAACGGCUCUGGUGCAGGAGGUGGAGAUGGCUGUGGAACCGUCGGAUGCCUUCAUGUUCUCUGGACUGAAACAGGUUCGUCUGCGUAUCCUUCCUGGCUCCGAGCAGCAGAUGCUCUAUAACUAUUACCCACUGAUGGCCGGUUACCAAACACUACCACAGCUCAACAUCAGCCUGCCGCGCUGCCCGACCACCAACACACACUCACUGAGACGCUUCCUGCCACAACGCAUCUUCGUCAAGCCUCAGGGUCGUCAGCUGGAUGACGCCUCCAUCGCUGCAGCUUGAUGAGCAAACACAAACUGUAAAUACGAGAAGAAAACAACUUUGUGUAGGUUGUUUUAGAUGUAAGAUUCCUCACAGAUUACAUUAUUAACACUAUUUGUUCCACAUUGUUCAUGAGAGAAACGUCAGUGAAGCAAACAUCAGGAGGUUUGUUUCCAGAGUUUCAUGUUCAGAGUGAAUGUGUCGACGUGACGAGCAUGACAGGAGGAUAAUGAAUGAACGGAUAAACUGAUGAAAAUCAUGAACUAAAUGGAGAAAAUCCGGUAAAAUGUGUAAAACAUGAAAAAUGAAUGUGUUGAAGAUUUGAUUAAACUGGUGUGAUGUAAACUAG